CACAAAAUGGUCAUUUUGGGUAAUUCCUGCAGCUUUCGCAGUCACCUCUCUGUUUACCCUGCAGUACCCGUCGUCAUAUAAUAGCCAGGCAGUAACUUGAUAACCAAGAAACCCAAAAAUCCCCAAAUUUUACCCACCCAAAUCCCUAAUUCUUACCACAUUUUUUGUUUUCUGUUUCUUUUCUUCCCUCGCAAAUGCCUUCUUCUCUUCCUCUAUUCAUUCCGUUGGGGUGGUUUUGAAAGGGGGUUUCCGAGAAAGAAACAAGAACAGAGAGAAAUGAGGAAACAGAGCACACUGCUGCUGAAAUCGGACGACUUUGCCAGCGUGAUCCCGCAACGGAAAUGGAAUCGCUUCGACUACCUGCUCGCCGUGGCCAAAUUUGCACUCAAGAAGCUACGGCAAGAAGAAGAGCAACGGAACUUUCAUCUCCGCCGCCGCCUCUCCCAUUUGCCUCCUCUGCCACCGACCGGGCGCCGCAAGUUUGGCUGUUUCCGCUCGAUUGCCGCCGAACCCAAGAAGAAAAUCGAAAUGGGUAAAAUGGGCAAGAAGAAGAAGAACAAGAAGCGGGGGAGGAAGGGAAGAAAGACCCAAGAAGAGGCUUUGGGCGGGAUGGGUUUCUGUCCGCCGCUGCCGGAGCGAUUCGCGAGGUACAUCGACGAAGUGAGAGGGAGGGAAGUGAAGAUGGUCAUACAGAAGCGGCUGUCGAGGAGCGACCUGGACCACAGCCAAUCGCGGCUGUCGAUCCCGCGCCGGGCGGUGGAGGAAGAGUUCCUGACGGCGGAGGAGGCUGCGGCGAUGGGGAAGCGCUGGGGCACGCAUGGGUGCCGGCUGAGCGGGGUGGACGCGCGGCUGAUUGUGGAGCCGGGGGAGAAAGAAUGGGUCGUGCAUCUGAAACAAUGGGGCACGGUCGGCGGCAUGGGGAACUACGUUCUGACGUCGCGGUGGAACAGCGUGGUGGAGGAAGUGAAGUUUGAGGAAGACGACGCGAUUCAGUUGUGGAGCUUUAGGGUCGGCGAUGAAGGCGGCGGGGAAUUGAAUCUGGUUUUGGUUCGAUUGGGUAUGUGAAUUGAGGGGGAUUUUGUGGGGGGAAUUUUUGGGGCGCCGCCAUUCAUGGCGCACGGCGGCGAGGAGGACCAGAGGAUGCCGUUCAACUGAAUUGUGGAUUAGCUGUGUUCGUUAAGUGUGAUUAGCCUGUCAUUAGAAGAGGCUGUUUCGUUCUUUUCCUUUGUAGUUAGUCAUCAUCAUUUGAGAUUAGUGUACAUAAGCUAGAUAUCCAGAGCUUCUAAUGACAAAUUGUGCUCUUUCCUUUCACCUUUUUGGGCUAAGUGAGCUGUAACUAGGCCCAUACAAGUAAGGAAUGAACAUUGGAAAACCAUAUGAGUUUGAACUUAUUAUUGGGAAGAAUCCAACAAAAAUGGUCCUUGGAAAAAAGUCAGCCAAAAAAAUAUACGAAAAUAUCAUCCUAAAAGUAAUUCCUUCAAAUUGUUGCUUAAUGGACUUAAUAGUCGGUGGAGAAUAGUCUCGAGCCAAAUUCAUGAUCCGUAGCCUUCAAAAUCGAAAUAAAUGGCAUUUCAGGAAAAUUGCCUGAAAUCUGUGAUGGUUUGGAAUCUGAUAAAAAAUUGACCCGGAAUAAAUCCACCCAAAUUGGUGCUUAAUGGACUUAAUCAUCCUUGACGAAUAGUCUCAGGUCGAAUAUGUGAUCUGUAGCCUUCAAAAUCCAAGUAAAAUGGCCCUUCGAAAGAAUAAUCGCCCAAAAAAUUACGAAAAUGUCAUCCUAAAAGAAUUCCCCCAAAUUGUGCUUAAUGGACUUAAUCAUCGGUAGAGAUGAGGAUCCAUAGACUUCACCAUUAGUGGAGAAUAGCCUAAGGCCAAAUCCGAGAUCCGUAACCUUCAAAAUCGAAAGAAAAUGGCAUUUCGGAAAAAUCGUCCUACAUCUGUGAUGGUACCCCUUUUGAAUCUGACAAAAAUUGACCCGGAAUAAAUCCGCCCAAAUCUGUGCUUAAUGGACUUAGUCAUCCUUGAAGAAUACUCUCAGGCCGAAUUUGUUAGUUGUAGCCUUCCAAAUUCAAGUAACAUGUCCAUUCGAAAAAAAUCGCCCAAAAAUUUGCGAAAAUGUCAUCCAAAAAGUAAUUCCCGCAAAUUGUUGCUUAAUGGACUAAAUCGUCGGGAGAGAAUAGGAUCCACAGACUUCACCAUCGAUGAAAAAUAGCAUCUGGCCGAAUCCGUGAUCCGUAGUGUUCAAAAUUGAAAGAGAAUGGCAUUUCGUAUAAAUCGCCAUAAAUCUGUCAUGAUACCUCUUUUGAAUAUGAAAAAAAUUGACCGGGAAUAAACCCACCCAAAUCGGUGCUUAAUGGACUACUUAGUCAUCCUUCAAGAAUAGUCUCAGGGCGAAUCUUUGAUCUGUAGCCUUCAAAAUCAAUGUAAAAUGGUCAUUCGAAAAAAAAUCGCCCAAAAAAUUCCGAAAAUGCCAACCUAAAAGAAAUACCACCAAAAUGUUGCUUAAUGGACUUAAUCGUCGGUGGAGAAUAGGAUCCAUAGACUUCAAAAUCGAAAAAUGGCAUUUUGGGAAAAUCGCCUGAAAUCAAUGAUGGUACCUCUGUGGAAUCUGACAAAAAUUGACCCGGAAUAAAUCCGCCCAAAUCAGUGCUUAAUGGACUUAGUCAUCUUUGAAGAGUAUUCUCAGGCCCAAUCUGUGAUCUGUAGGUUGUAGCCUUCAAAAUAGAAGUAAAAUGGUCCUUCGAAAAAAAGGCCAAAAAAUUACGAAAACGGAAAACGUCAUCCUAAAAGUAAUUCCCCCAAAUUAAUGUAUAAUGGACUUAAUUGCGGUGGAGAGUAGGAUCCAUAGACAUCACCAUCGGUGGAGAAUAGCCUCGGGCAGAAUCCGUGAUACGUAGCCUUCAAACGAUUCUGGAGGCUACAGAUCACGGAAUAUAGGCCGAGGCUAUUCUCACUGAUAAUGAAGUUUAUUGAUCCUA